GGUAAUAGCGCUGGUUAGCUAACAGCUAGGCUAAAUCAGCCGAUUUUAUUUUGGGUGUAAUAAAGUGUUAUUAUGGUUUAUUAGAUGAUCUGCUGUGGUUUAGUAAGUGUGGAAUAUGGAGAGCGAUAAAUCUGCGGAGUGGAAGGAGAUCCUGAGGAGAAGACUGACCUCAAAAACAGAGAGCCGGAGUGAGGAGGAGAAGAGAGAGGAGGAGACGGAGCUCUUCACUAAAUAUUACACUGAAUGGAAAGGAGGAGGAAACGCAGAAAACACCUUCAAACUCAUCCCUCGCUUUUACUACAGGCUUCCAGCAGAGGAUGAAGUUCUGCUGCAGAAGCUGAGAGAAGAGUCCCGAGCCGUGUUCCUGCAGAGGAAGAGCCGGGAACUCCUCGAUAAUGAGGAAUUACAGAACCUGUGGUUUCUUUUAGAUAAGAAUCAGGUUCCUCCUACAGCGGGAGAUGAAGCUAUGAUCAGCUACGAGAGCUUCCUGAAGGUCGGAGAGAAAGCAGGUUCUAAGUGCAAGCUGUUCUUCACGGCCAGAGUGUACGCCAAGCUGCUCCACAAUGAUCCAUACGGACGCAUCUCAAUAAUGCAGUUCUUUAACUACGUCAUGAGGAAAGUGUGGCUGCACCAGACCAGGAUUGGGUUGAGUCUGUAUGACGUGGCGGGACAGGGUUAUCUCCGAGAGUCAGAUUUGGAGAACUACAUCCUGGAGUUAAUCCCCACCCUGCCCCAACUGGAUGGGCUGGAGAAAUCCUUCUACUCGUUUUACGUCUGCACCGCCGUACGCAAGUUCUUCUUCUUCCUCGACCCGCUGCGUACAGGGAAAAUUAAAAUUCAGGACAUCUUGGCUUGUAGUUUUCUGGAUGAUCUGCUUGAGCUCAGAGACGAGGAGCUUUCUAAAGAGAGUCAGGAGUCCAACUGGUUCUCCGCCCCCUCCGCCCUGCGGGUUUACGGUCAGUACCUGAACCUGGAUAAGGAUCAUAAUGGAAUGCUGAGUAAGGAGGAACUCUCCCGUUACGGAACAGGAACUCUAACCAGCGUAUUUCUGGACCGGGUCUAUCAGGAGUGCCUGACCUACGAUGGAGAAAUGGAUUAUAAGACGUAUCUGGACUUUGUUCUGGCUCUGGAGAACCGUAAGGAACCCGCAGCGCUGCAGUACAUCUUCAAACUGCUGGACAUGGAAAACAAAGGCUACCUCAACGUCUUCGCCCUCAACUACUUCUUCAGGGCCAUUCAGGAGCAGAUGAAGAUCCAUGGGCAGGAACCCGUGUCUUUCCAGGAUGUAAAGGAUGAAAUCUUCGACAUGGUGAAGCCGAGAGAUCCGUAUAAGAUCACCCUGCAGGAUCUGGUGAACAGCGGUCAGGGAGACACGGUCACCAGCAUCCUCAUCGACCUCAACGGCUUCUGGACCUACGAGAACCGAGAGGUGCUGGUGACCAACGACAGCGAGAACACCACCGCCGACCUGGAGGACACGUGACACGCCUGCUGAGACCACGCCCCCAGGGAGGGGAGGGGCCAACAGAACGACCAGACGAGUCAUGAAAUACCCGAACGCUGCAGCCACCUGCAUUCAGAACUUUAUUAAACAAUAUUACAUUUAAAAAAGCACAUUUUAUACUGAACUGAUAUAAAAGAGUAGUACUGUACCUGCGACACACACACCUGUACAUCAAUAAAUUAUACAGCUUUUCAGAGUGACGUCACUGAUUAUUAUUAUUAUUAUUAAAAGAGUGUAAAUAGA